ACUCUGUUUAAUCCACUGCUCUGGCCCGUAGGAUGCACCGCGACCAUCCUAUAAUGUGGGCAUGUCUAGUAUCUGAAGUAGUAUCUAAAGUAGCAUGCUACUCGCUCCAGUGGCCAAUUCGGACAUGCUACAUACUACUUCGACUACUACUUUGGCAAUUCGGACGCAGCAAUUGCCUCUGAAAUGAGACACAGGCAAAGGCUGGCCGGAACCUUCGCUUGCUCAUCCACGUUAUGCUUACGGACUCAAAACAGCGCUGCGCAGGUCAUCUAUCAGCAAGCGCUGAUCAGUAUAACAAAACCAAAACUCAGUGGAAGCUUAGUCUGUUUUUUUUUUUUGGAAGAUUAUGUUGCAGUAAUGACAAAGCUUUUUGCGUAAGAGCUGGUAGAGUUUAUAUUAGGAUUUAAUAAGCGUCGCUUACAUUUCUAAGAUGGUACAGCUCACCUUGAGCCUCAGUUAUGCCAUCAGGUGGCGUUUAUAACAGGUAACACGUCUGUUUGACCAGCACCAUGUCGCGAGAGGAGGUUUUCUUUGACCCGGGACAGGUAAAAAGUGAUGUCGGUGAGAGGAAGAGCAGGAGUCGGCUCGGUGUCGUUGUUACUGGGGUCAUCGGAGGGUCUCUGGUCGCCCUGUACGCGGUGGCCACUCCGUUUGUCUCUCCUGCUUUAAGGAAGAUCUGCCUCCCUUUCGUACCUGCGACCACAGCUCAGGUGGAAAACGUCCUCAGUGUGCUCAGAGCACGAUCAGGGAGCUUGGUGGACAUUGGAAGCGGAGAUGGAAGAAUAGUAAGUCCCAAACUGUCUGAUUAGUUUGGGGAUGAAGGAAAUACUGGAUUAAUGUGAGACCACGUCUUCUUUUGUUAUAUGAAAAACUAGGGGAGAGUGGGGUAAGAUGAGCCAUUUUUCAUAUUUCGGAUCACUAAAUCAAGGCAAUCAUAGUUUUGUCUCUAACUAGUGUAUCUGCAUUUCAAGAUGUUGUGCAAACCAACAGGAUGACUGUCUUGAUAAUAUAGAGUGCCAAAAGAAAGUGGUCUCCUAUGUUCAGCUUACUCCGUGUCUGGGGUAAGUUGACCAUAGGAGCGGUUGAGCCGUAUCCCUACUACCCUUCCCCUUUUUUUGGAAAUAAAUGGCUAACCCCUUCACCCGUGUGCUUCUAACCUUCACAGACUCCAUGAAUCGAUGCCCAUCUCAGAAAUAUUUGGUCACAUGAUAAAUUUCUUUUACUAUUUCCAAGCAUCAGGGGGUGGCUCAACUUAUCCUUUGACUCAUCUUACCCCACUCUCCCCUACAGAAAAUUUAAUGUCAUAAAAUAAAUGUUCUUUUUUGUUUUGUUUUGUUUUUUUGUCUUGGAAUUUUUUUUGUAAACACAGUUACUGUGUUUACAACACUGAAUCCAAGACAAAAAGCUUUUUUUUCUUUCUUUUUUUUCUUUUUACUCUUUUUUAUUAUUCUUUUUAUAUUACCAAAUUGCCAACAAUUAAUCUGAGGUUAUCUGGGUAAAGUUUCAUUUGGCUGCUUCAAAAUGGCACCAAAGCCUAUCCAUAACACCCAGGCCUCCAAAAUGCUUGCACAGUGAGAGAACAUUGCAAUGGAUUGGGCUCUGACCAAUCUGACUGAUUAGACAUGAGCUGUGCAGCUGGAAUAGCUCAAAAGAAAAUCCCAGAGCCUUCUCCUGCGCAUCAAACUGCUUUUGCACACAUUUAUCACAUAAAAUUGACUCAUUGAAUUUUCCUCUGUCUUUUGUCUCUCAGGUGAUCGCAGCAGCCAAGCAGGGAUUUAAGGCGUCAGGCUUUGAACUGAACCCCUGGCUGGUGUGGUAUUCUCGCUACAAGGCCUGGAGAGAGGGAGUCCACCGCUCUACCUCUUUCUACAUCUCUGACUUGUGGAAGGUCGGUUAAACUCAUUGAUACAAGGCUGUGUUUAAAAAACUUGGGCAUCAUACAGUUAAAGCUUAUUUUACCUUUUUUUGGACUGUCAUUCAAAAUAUUGUUUCUACAGGUCAGCUUUGCCCAGUACUCAAACGUCGUCAUUUUUGGAGUACCCCAAAUGGUGAGUUCUCUGUUUGUAUAAAAGCUAUUUUAUCAAGGUUAAGUUACUAUUACUGUGAUUUGUUUGGCAGUAAUAGUCAUGAAGGCAGUGAGGUAACAAUAGUAACUAUUAGGAUCAGGGUAACAUUGGGUCAUUUGCUAUUCAUCUGUGAUCCAGACACAAAAUGAGCUUGUGUAUUAUUUGUGUGUGCAUUAAAAUCAUUUAUUAGGCAACAUGGAUCUCUUUGAGACACGUGCUAAAAUGCAAAAUACCAUGUUACAACUUUGUAAUAAAUGUUUUGUCAUCAAUGACAAAGAGAAGUUGAUAAAAAAAGCUCUACUCAGUGCAAGAUAACGCAUAAAGAUCAUGGCUGAUUGAUUUCUGAAUUCUGUGUGUAUUGCAUGUGGCCAGCAGGAACAAUAGUUUAAUUUGUUUGCUGCUUGUUUUUUUCUUGUUGUUUUGUUUUUGUUUUUGUUUUUGUUUGUGGUUUGCUUUUUACUGGACUUUUAUUGUCUUGAAUGACCUUUGCAAGACUGUACAUGUUUUAUUGAAUUAUGUAUUGUAUUGUCUUGUAUUGUAUGUUUGUUUUAUUUGUGGACCCCAGGAAGAGUAGCUGCUACCUUGGUGGCAGCUAAUGGGGAUCCGUAUGAAUAAAGAAAGAAUAAAGAAUAGUGAUAAAAGUGAACAUCAGAUUGAUCCUAUGUUAGACUAUGGAUUGGUUUGGGUGCUUGCUGCUUAACGAUAAUUUGUCAGGAAAUGGGGACCUCUGGUGGUCACUUUUGCUAACACAAAUUUUGAAGGGUUGUGAGGUCGGUGUAGGCUUUUUCAUAACUUUUUCUCCUCAUAACACAAUAGGUUAUAUUUCUGUCUGCAGAUGGAACAGCUGGAGCUGAAGCUAGCGAGCGAGUUACCAACUACAGCCAAGGUAGUGGCCUGCCGCUUUCCCUUUCCCACCUGGAUUCCUGAACAAACUGCUGGGGAGGGCAUAGACACUGUGUGGGUGUAUGAUGCUAAGACCUUUAAAUUAGCCACGCAACAUGGAAUGACAAGAAAGACGGUACAAAAGUGCGACGACUCACCAGAUUCACACAUAUGAAUGGAAACACUCAGUUUGCAGUCUCUUUGAGUUUGAUCUGAAAUGAAAGACUGGUCAGUGUCUUUAUAAGGCACAAAAAAUGUGAAUUAUUGACGCAUGUGUUUGAGUUAGAGCUUAAGCUUGAAACAGCUGGAAAGAGAAGCAGUGAGACCGUCAUGAGCCUUGGUGAAGGGUUGGGCUCAUGUUUAAAUUUGUUUUCAUGAGAAAAAUGAUGUUUGGAAAACUGCAAACUCAUUCUCUGAAUGGGCUGUAUCAUUAAACAGAUAUUUCAACAUCUGAUCAGUGUGUGAUAAAGCAAACUUUGGUUUAGAAGGCCAGUGCAUGUUGAUGACUCGAGUUACUAAUGACUACUAGACAUGAUUUUUAAGUAAUUCUUAAAACAUGUAUUUUUACCUUUAUUUGUACUUGCAUAUUUCAGCAGUUAUUACUGUAAUUUGCUACAAUUGAAGUAGCUUCAGUUACUGAGUAAUGAUAAAUCACUGUGAACAUACAAGCUGUCCAACACCAGCACCACGGCCAAUUAAUAAGGUGUCCACACUGCAAAACACACAGAUGUCACGGAUUGAAUCUGAUUUCUUGUCAGAAUAUCUUAUUACACUUUACAAAAGCUACAUUGAUUGUUGAGUUUAAAUAAAGAUUGUGAUAUUUAAGAAGCUUUCUUAAUGAGACCCCUAAAA